AUGGGGAAGCAAAAUAGUAAACUCAAACCUGAAGUGUUAGCGGACUUAAAACGAGAAACUGAGUUUACUGAAGCUGAGCUCAAAGAGUGGUACCGAGGUUUUUUGAAGGACUGUCCUAGUGGCCAUCUUACUGUUGAUGAGUUCAAAAAAAUCUACAGCAGCUUCUUUCCACAUGGUGAUGCAUCUAGGUUUGCAGAACACGUCUUCCGCACAUUUGACAAGAAUGAUGAUGGCACUAUUGAUUUCCGUGAAUUCAUGUGUGCUUUGUCUGUGACAUCGCGUGGUAAACUGGAGCAGAAGUUGAAGUGGGCAUUCAGCAUGUAUGAUAUGGAUGGUAACGGAUACAUCUCUAAGGAUGAAAUGCUAGAAAUAGUGAAAGCAAUUUACAAAAUGGUGGGCACAGUUAUGAAAAUGCCUGAUGAUGAAAGUACACCUGAGAAACGUACCAACAAGAUUUUCACUCAGAUGGAUACAAACAAAGAUGGUAUGCUGUCGCUUGAGGAGUUCAUUCAGGGAGCAAAGGGUGACCCCUCUAUUGUCCGUUUGUUACAGUGUGACGCACUGCAAAAAGUUUAAAGCUCCACACAUAAAUUAUACAGGAGCUAGGGAGGUGGUGGGAGCGGUGUCAGUAAAAGUCACCUUUAUUGUACCAUUCAUUCUAACUUUUCAACCAUCACUGACAGUUUCCUCAGAUGAUACAUGUAGUCUUAUUUUUGUUAUCUUGCAAGUACUUCUUUGGGCUUGAUGUGGCAUGAUUGUGCUAUGAUUUGAAUACCACAAGCUUCCCCACCUACCUAAACUGCAUAUUAACACUGAAAUAAGUUAUACAUACUUGAAUACGGAUUUUGUGUUUUGUUACAGGUUUACUUAGAUUUUCAUAACCUUUGCAGGGUACAAAGAAAGUCAGUUUUACAGCUUAGAAAGUAAAAGGCCAAAAGUCAUAUCAACUAGCCUGAAAAACUGUUUGAAUAAGCUGUAUUCAUCACAGUUCUUCUGUAAUUUGUGAAUUCCUGAAAAAACUUCAUUUGCCUUUCAGGCAAGUUAAGAACAGAAUUCACUAGCCCGAUAGAAAAAUCCACUAGCCCCAGGCUAUCAGACACUACUUUCUUUCCACGCUGCUUUGAGGUGAUAAUUAGUUUUAAGAGUGCACAAAAGUUCUUGAUUUCUCAAUAGCUGGGAGCCCACAGUUGGCCAGAUGUAAGAUAGAAAUCUUGUAUUGUGUCACUUUUGACUAAAAAAUGCAAACAGUACCUAGAAUGCAUACACUACAGUUGAACUUUGUAAAUGACUUACAAUAAUAAUUAAUAAUUCUGUGAACUUCCUUGUAACUCAUAUUUUGGAAUAUCUGGCUGGUUCCAGAUAAUCGUGUGUUCAGUUCCUUAUGGGAACUUAUUUUAUUGUUGCUGCCAAAUCCAUGCCAGUUCACACAUUAUUCUACAGUAUACUUUGGAAAUCUUUUAUUUCAUGUGUUGGUGCGAGGAAUUUAAGAAUGAUAUGUAUCAUAAUAUUACAAUAUUAGUUAUCUUUCAGUGGAAAGUUAAAUGCCUUUUAUUUAAAGUACAUGUAAUCUAUAUUUAGUUGUACAGAAAAAGAUAAUUUAACCAGUAAAUUGCUCUUGAGUUUUUUAAUUUGAUUGUUGUCAUUUAAGUGAAAAUAUUUCUUAAAAAUCAUCAGUCUAUUGAUUUGUUCGGUUUUCAUUAUUUUUGUAAGUUAUUAUUAAUCAAGCAAACUUUUACUUAUUUGUUAAAAUAGAUGUAUUGUUGAAGUGAAAUAAAGUGAACUGCACAAAAAUAGUCUGUAUGAUUUUUUUAUUCAAGUUAAACUUCUCCCUUUCAAUCAUUUAUGUAUUUUGUAAUGUAUGCAGCAAAACAUUUUUGAUGGGAUUGAAAAACAAUACUCUCAAUAUCUCCAAGUUUGUUAAACCACCUUGAGAACUAAACUGUUUGAACAGUCUACAAACAAUCUAUGGAUUUUUUGGAAUUACAGUGUUUUAAUAUAAUUGUGCCUGUUGUCAUUCUUUUCCUCAAUAGCUGUACUAUAAUGCUGUGUGUUGUCCUGUGUUCUGUAUAUUACUUGCAUACUGUCGAGAAUUCAUGGCUCUUAACCAUGCAUCGUCCACCAGUGAUUAACAGGGUAGUAUAGCCUUCCAACAUUAAUAUUCCUUUAUUCGUAGGUUUAGUUAUGUGGAGAUGGUAUUUCACCCUAACUUUUUAACCUUAAAAUACAAUCAUAUGAUGUUACCAUUCAAAUGAUUCCUCUUUGGAAGGACGUUUUCAUAGUAAUAUUUAUUUCUUUGUAUUUUACAAAAAGACGUUUGGAAUUUUUUUUGUAAAUUUUCACUUCAGCCAUUGUUAGAAUUGAAAGGGUUAAAGAGGCAAAAGAGGAGAUGUAGAGAAUCACAUACUAAUCAGCUUCUUAGAAGUAGCUAGGAAAGAGGGAGGCCCCACUAUCAGUGGACGUGACGUCAUAAUUGUGAAAGUCAGGUAAUUUGCCAUUAAGUCAGGAAAACCGUAGUUCUUGGAAAAUUCAGUGAUACUCGCAUGGAGAAUUGUGGUUCAUGGAUUUCGAUACUGUAUUAAAAUUCCGCAUGGAAUUUCUACAUUCUUUAGGAAUAAAAAAUGAAAACAAGAGCGUUCGUGGCCUGGAAAAGAAGCUAGAUAAUGAAGAAUGCAAAGUCAAUCAUAGUCGUUUAGACGUCAGGAGAAAGUCAGGGAAAAGUGAGGCAAUUAUUUUGUUCCAACUAGGGAAAACCGUUGUAGAAUUUCUUGAUGUUAAGCUCGUCGCUUUAUUUUUGGUCUUGGUCUUCGCUGCUUCUUCUCAUCUUUUUUGUCAGUCUUAAGGCUCAUGUCCUGAGUUUCAGAUGGAGUGCGGGUUCUGGUGGAUUUCUAGAGUAACUACGCCCAAGGAGAAUAGUCAGGUCGUUCGUGAUGUCUGGGCUGAAGUCGUGUAACACUAAUGGAACAGUAAGUUAAACAGUUGUUAACACACUAAUGGCUCACUGCAGGUGGAUAACAUCUUCAUCCUAAUCGAAUCAACAUCUGUGAAAUAAUCCUUCUCACACUAAUCCUUCUCAAUGUUGAUUCUCUUUACGUCACCGUGGAAACCAAACCACCUUACGUAACGUGUACUCCUGGUGUAAUCAUUGUGGUCAGUCGUUGCAUUCGCCUUUGUUGUCCUACCAAAGACUCACUGAGUUGCACGCCCUUUUACAGGUUGUGUGCAGUGCACUUGGGAACCAUGGGAAAGCAAAACAGUAAACUCAAGCCUGAGGUUCUCGCUGAUCUCAAGGACCAAACGAAUUUUUCGGAACAUGAACUACAGGAGUGGUACAAGGGAUUCCUCAAGGAUUGUCCAAGCGGUCAUCUGACUUUAGAGGAAUUCAAGAAAAUCUACGGCAACUUCUUCCCGUACGGCGACGCCUCCAAGUUUGCGGAGCACGUUUUUCGCACGUUUGACAGCAACGGCGAUGGCUCCAUCGACUUCCGCGAGUUCAUCUGUGCCCUGUCAGUGACAUCUCGUGGUGGUAUAGAAGAAAAACUCAAGUGGGCUUUCAGUAUGUAUGACCUGGACGGUAAUGGAUAUAUCUCCAGGCCCGAGAUGUUGGAGAUUGUCAGAGCGAUUUACAAGAUGGUAGGCUCUGUUAUGAGAAUGCCUGAAGAUGAAAGCACGCCGGAGAAACGGACGGAAAAAAUAUUUAGACAGAUGGAUAAAAAUGAUGAUGGCAAACUGUCACUACCCGAGUUUAUUGAAGGAGCGAAGAGCGACCCGUCCAUCGUACGCUUGCUCCAGUGUGAACCUGCCCCAUAAGACUGAAGCAUUUUUUGUUCCAGUAUUUUUUUAAAGAAAAUUGUUUUGGAAACAUUCCUAAUAUAGCACUGUUAAGAAGCAUUUUCUUCUGCCUGUGGACGGAUGUAUUUCGAGGGUCAUUUUGGGGACUGCAGAUAUCCCACUUUGUUGCCUGCAGGGUUAAGAAUUGGCAAAUGUAGAGUUUUCUUAUCGGUAUAGUCAGUUUUAGUCCAUUGUUGUACAAGAUUUUUUAUUAUCAGUAGGUUUCUUUUGGUAACUUAUUUCAGUAAUGUAUUGUCUGUGAAGACAGCUUGCCAGCAAGGGAAAGACUCCGGACUGUUGUUCGCCGAUCUUUAAACUGAAAAGUGAUUUAGAGAAUGAAUUAAAUGAAGCUCGCUGGAGCAGUAUUUAUUUAUUCGACUUGUUAGCUGAAUCCAAAAAUCAUGAUUCGAAAACAGUGGUAUUUAGCUAACGGUAGACUCUGCAAGCAAAGGAAUGACGGGUCGAUUAAACUAACGCUCGAUCUUAAACCUUCGCUCCUUUAGGUGUGAAGUUGAAGUUGCAAGCUGGGUCUUUCCUAUAUUGGGUAAAUUAAAGUAAAAGCUUCAUUUCACAAGGUCACUCUUGACGGUUAACAGGUUGUCACUGGCCUCAACUGACAGUAAGAUGAUGAUAACAAGUAAAAUGUCAUGAAGCCAAAAUGUGAAAACUGAAUGUGAUUCUCUAAAUCUCCAGUUGCAGCAUAAGACUUUGUAAAAGCUAUAAUAUUGAUCAUGAAAAAAAAAUGUAGCUGAAAAAAGACUUUUGAAAAAACCUUCCAUAUUAAAACAAUAAACUAAUGGAAGGUCACGGGUCCAACUGACCAAAUUUUCUCUUUUGACUUUGGCAAUAUCUGCUAAUUAUAAGUUUAACUCUCUGUCGUCACGCUCACGUAAUUAAGGGGUUUUGAUGUGCCCUCGGCAAAAAGAGUUGCAUUUUUCAUGGCGUGGGCGUUGUGAACCUGUAGGUUACAUUGUUUGGGACAAUCCGGUUAUUGCCGUUAUAUGGAACAGUAAAUGCCUGAAACGGCGUGUGGCUCCCGGUGUGGCUGUUGUAGCUGGGAGACGAAUGGCCGCCAGCGGAAGUUUAACUGUCGUCAACACCUAAUUAAAGCCAAUUUAUUUGGUGUUUUGCAUAUGAAGAAAGAAGCAAGGCUGCAAAGUCCAUGAUAAUAGAACAUGAAACUUUUCAGAGAGCGAGUGAGACAACAAAAGCGGUUUAUUAGUGAGCUAAAAACACGUGACGUAAAGCGGAUUCUGGAUUGAUAAGAACUAAAGGAUUGGAAAAAAAAGGUAUUUUCGAGUAUUUUACAAAGCUACAUGAACCACUUUGUGAGGCUUUUCUGCCAAUUUGUUCGUUGAAUGUACCCUUUCUCGCGCUUAGUUGCGUUCAAUACUAAUAAAUACCGUUUCGGAGCGUUAUUGAAAACUUUGUUCAAAAAAUCACAUUAAAAGGAAUUUUUAUUUAUAGUUGGUCGAAGUUGUCUAAAUGUUUCUCUUAACCAAAGAAAUUGUCAACUGGUGACUCAAACUGUUCAAUUAAAUAUUGCUAAUUGAAUGCCCUUCUCGGUUUAAAAGCUGAGGGACUUUUAUGCAGGUGCGGCGUUCCUUGUCAUAAAUAUUAGACCUAGUUCACGCUAAUGCGUUUUUGUUUAUAGACGCAUUAGGUGCGCUUUGGCUGUGUGUGUACACUUACAUUAAACGAACGGAAACAGAGGUCUUAUGCAACCUGGUUCCCAGGCUUCUCUCUCUUCCUGGAGGAAGUACUUCCUCAAAUUGGAAACUGCGUCCGAGAAUAGCUUAGGAACAAAAACGUUUUGCCUGAAGUUCGCGCCUUUUUCGAUUGCUUAGUAUGCAGACGCUGGUUUUAAUUUGUAGGUGCAGGUUAUACGGAAGCAGCUGGAGUUUAAAGGGUUAUGGUUAGAGUUAGGGUUACAGAACCUUAAGUGGCACCUGCACAUUAGCCUGCGUGGCAGGCGUUAAAAGGGGAAGGGGGAAUUUGGGCGCGCGAGAGCGCGUGGGGCGUGCGAGGAAGAAAGGAAAAGAACGCGUUCCCCUCCUCUCUCCUUCCUCGCGCGCAGUCUCGCGCCCUAAUUCCCUUCCCCUUCCCUUUCCAACGCCUGCCACGCAGGCUACCUGCACAUCUGUAAAUUGAACUUUCUGAUGUGCAAAGCUCUCGUGUUGACGUGGAGUUUUUUAACGUGCUAGUGUGGUUUUCUCACGUGCCAAAAUGUGUCCAAACGGGUAAAAUGCUUCAAGUUGUACUACAGAUGCUAAGGGCUUAAAUUGUGUGGCGCUGUUGUUAAUACAUUGGAGGGGUUUCGGGCGUUGCUUAUGCAGGCCGUGAGGAAAAGUUAAAAUAAUUCCAGCAAAACAAAUCAGGAUUGGUCACCGAACAUACUGCCCGAGGUAAAGGCAUUUUUUCACUUGAGUGACGAGAAUUUUGUUUGUUAUUGCCUGUACAAAAAUUUUCCUUUACAAGUAACGGCGACGGCAACGACGGCGCGCCCUGUAUGUACUCUUGGGCCUGCCACACAGGCCGGUCAAAAUUCGUUGCCCAAACAGUCCCAGGGUACAAUAGCUGCUAUGGCAGUUGCUCCUCUAAUCAUCAAAUAUCCCGCAAGCGUGGCUAAUACGUUGCAAAAUGAUCCUUCUACUUCGUUUUCUUGCGAUAAUCGCUGACAAAUCAAAUGAGAGCAUUUAACACAACCCCGACCUUGUUCUACGCACAACUCCAAAAUGACCGAUUCAUGUUUUCUUUAUUUUUUAGAUGCUAGUAAGGUAGAGACAUGGGAAAGCAGAACAGUAAACUCAAACCUGAGCAGCUGGCCGAUUUGACGGCACAAACCGAGUUCGAGGAAGCUGAGUUACAGGAGUGGUACAAAGGCUUCCUUAAGGACUGCCCGAGUGGCAAUCUUACUGUAGAAGAGUUCAAGAAAAUCUAUGGCAACUUCUUCCCCUACGGCGACGCCUCCAAGUUCGCUGAGCACGUUUUUCGCACGUUUGACGCAAAUAACGAUGGUUCCAUCGACUUCCGCGAAUUUAUCUGCGCCCUGUCUGUGACUUCUCGCGGCAAGCUGGAGCAGAAACUUAAAUGGGCUUUCAGCAUGUACGACCUGGAUGGAAACGGCUUCAUUUCCAGACAAGAAAUGCUGGAGAUUGUCAGAGCGAUUUACAAAAUGGUAGGCAGCGUUAUGAAAAUGCCCGAAGAUGAGAGCACGCCCGAGAAACGGGUAGACAAAAUUUUCACACAGAUGGAUAAGAAUGCCGACGGAAAGCUGUCUCUUGCUGAGUUCAUAGAAGGUGCUAAGAGUGAUCCAUCCAUUGUUCGUCUACUCCAGUGUGAUACGGCCGGGUCUAGUUAG